AUGGAGGUGCCUUGGGGACAACCAAUGGGGGCGAGCCUAAUUAACGGAUUCCCGGGGGGCGGGAGCCGCAGGGUGUCGGGAGUGUUCCAGGUGCCCCACGCGCCUUCGCUGGGCUCGCCUUCGGCUCGGUCUGAAAGAAAGGAAGGUGUUUCCCAGAUUCUGGAUUAUCUCCUGCCAAGCACCGAUUUCAUCAGAGUAUACGGAGUCCCUCAGUACUUAGCCACCUGGGAGGCACUGGGCCUGAAGACUCAGAGACUUUACCACCCGUCCCCCAGGCUCUCAGGAAUCUCAUACUUUGCUUGGAGGUAUAAGUUUAGAAACGUAGUGACACCUAAUAGGAGACAAGGUUAUCAAACCUCAGAUAAAGAGAUGUGGAAGUCCCCCCUACGAGCUUCACUUGGACUUCAGCCCUGGGAAAAUCACCAAGUUGCAAACUGUGGUGCAGAAAAGCUGAAUGCAUCAGAUGUUAAUGACCAGACAGCCAAAAAAAGAUGUUUAAAAUCAGAGAUAACAAUUGAAAAUGGAUUUUUUUCUGAAUCUGAAUUUGCAAUUCCCUUGAAUAAAGAAACAAAAUAUAAGUGUAAAACAGGAUAUGUAACACCAGGUGGUAAAACUUCAGGAUCAAUUACAUGUCUGGAAAGUGGAUGGUCACCUCAACCCACAUGUAUUAAAUCUUGUGACAUGCCAGUAUUGGAGAACGCCACAAUCAAAAGUAAUAGCACAUGGUUUAAAGUCAAUGACACAUUAGACUAUGAGUGCCAUGAUGGAUUUGAAAGCAGAGAUGGGCACACAGGUUCCAUAGUGUGUGGUAAUGAUGGUUGGUCUUAUAAACCAGAAUGUUAUGAUUCUGAAGGAAAAUGUGGGCCUCCUCCACGUAUUGACAAUGGAGACAUUACCUCAUUCACGUUAUUAUCAUAUGCUCCAGGAUCAUCAGUAGAGUACAUAUGCCAGUCCUUCUAUGUUCUUCAGGGACAUAGGACCAUAACAUGCAGAAAUGGACAGUGGUCACCACCACCAAAAUGCUUAGAGGCCUGUACAGUAUCAGCAGACAUCUUGAGAAAACAUAAUAUACGAUUACGAUGGUCUCAUGAGACAAAAAUUUAUUCCAGAACAGGGGAUGUUAUUGAAUUUGAAUGUCUCCAUGGAUAUCGUAGAAAGACACCAGAUCAUACAUUCUGAGCCACCUGUCAGGAUGGGAAAGUGACAUAUCCUGAAUGUGGAUAAAACAAUGGUUAAGAUGCAGUCUUAAAAUUAAAAUAUGUACAUUCACUCGGAAUUUUUCAUCAUCAAUCAAUUCUCAGUUUAUUUUGUCAAGUAUUAUGUAACUCAUUUAUAUUCACAAAUCAGAAUUUGUAUUAAAUAUUAUGUGGAUGAUGUAAUGAUAAUCAGAGAGAUGAAUAAAUCACUUCUUAAAAU